AUGAAGAACAACUGCUCAAAGUUCCGCUGUGUCUCCUGUGAACCAUGUCCUGAUGGUACCAACCAGGAUGAGCCCUGGUUGGUACCACUGGGAAAAGAGAGAACAUGUGUGCGCUGCCGCACGUGUGCUACAGGGCCUGGUCUGAAGGUGAAGGCCCCGUGCUCCAGAACCUCUAACACUGUGUGUGAAGCAGACGAGGGACACUUCUGUCUGAGGCUCCUGGAGGACCUCAGCUGUGGGGCCUCACAGAGACACAGGCGCUGUCUGCCAGGAGAGUACAUAAGGAAACCAGGUACGGAGGGCCCUCGCCCAACAGAAUUUGUGGCCGAUUUUCUGCACAAUCUACUUCACCUCGAUGUCAAACCUAUUCUCGACCGGGCGCAUCGGACUCUGCGGCCCAGACCCGGAGACGGAGCCCCGCCGCGGCCCUUCGUGGUUCGUGUCAACCAGUUCCAGACAAGGAAUGAAAUUCUCCGCAAAGCCCGUGAGUCACCUGCCCUGACCUUUCAGGGGAAACGAGUGUUUAUUUUCCCUGAUUUUACGGCCAUUGUGGCAAAGAAGCGCGCUGCAUUCAGCGGCGUGAAGAAAGAACUUCAUUCCUGUCCAGGGAUAAAGUUUGGACUUUUCUUCCCAGCAUCACUGAGAAUAACACUCCCCAAUGGACAGCUUCGCACGUUUGACAGUCCUGACUUGGCUAUGGACUUUGUGAAGAAAAAUCUCAAGACCAUGGUGGACCCACAGUCUGUUUAA